CUGAUAUUUGGCUGUUUUUUCUUCGUUAGGGUAUAUUUUACAAGAGUAAUAAAUAUGAUGAAGGAUAUGAAGGAGAUGAAGGAGAUGAAGGAGAUGAAGGAUAAGCAGGAUAUGGAGGAGAUGAAGGAGAUGAAGGAGAUGAAGGAGAUGAAGAAGAAAAGGAAGAAGAUGAAGAAGAUGAAGAAGAUGAAGGAGAUAGUGUUUGAUAUGAAGGAGAUAGAGAUGGAUAUGAAGGAGAUAGAGAUGGAGGUGAAGGAGAUGAAGGAGAUGAACGAGAUAAAGAGGGCUACGCAGAAGCAGGCUGGGGCUGUAACAUGGGUCUAUUGGGACAUCAAGAUGUGCCCGGUUCCGGAUGGCUUUCAUCCUCGUCUUGUCCGUCCGAGUAUUAAGCGGUUAUUGGAGAAGAAUGGCUACGGUGGUGGUCCUCUCAACGUCAUUGCCUAUGGAAAACUAGCGGACGUCCCUCUUGAAACCCUGAGAGAGGUCUUUUCCAGUGGAAUCGAUCUUAAACUUCUCCCCCACGGUAACCUUUCAGGUUACAUUGAUUUGUCAUAUCCAGCUAAUAUUAUGGUCAUAUCCGAUCCAAAAGCCUGCCCUUAUUCAACUUCCGGUCUACAAGCACUCGGCAAAAACCCUAUCCAGCCAUUUCCAUAUCAUUCUCUUUCCACCUUACUUAUGAAAUAUUCAGGGGUAGUUGGGGAGGAAACGGCUGAAUCUGCCUUGUGGGAUUGCUUGGUAUGUGCCCGUGAUCCUCCUGGCCAAAGCUUUGCAACUUUCAUCUCGCAUUUAUCUGAUGAAGAACAUCAUGAACGGCUGAUUAGGAGGUUUCACCGCUCAUGUUACUAGUAGGCGACAUAAACGCGAGUUGUUGGACUAUUUGCCUGCGGAUCAUCGUUUUACUAAGACGUGAAGAAGAAGAAGAAGAAGAAUAAAGCGAAACUCGUAUGAUUUGAAGGCCCAUGGUGUGGGUUUAACUAGUAUGAUUAUUGGGUUUUCAAGUCUCUUUUUUUCCUUUUUGUUUUUUUUUUUUUCAAUUAAAUAAAAGCGAAACUCGUGUAAUGGCAGAAGUAACUUAAAGAACAAGUAAACAAAAUGGUUUUGUUUUAUGCA